GAGUCCUUCCGAAGACCAUAGGAUAGGAUGGGUCAAGAAACAGUGCUGCUGAUUCCCUGCCUCUGAGCCUCCUGACACUGCAUAUCUGAUUCAUAGACAAGACCACAAUUUGAUUCCAAAGAUGUGUUCCACAAACCCAGGCAACUGGGUCACAUUUGAUGAUGACCCUGCUUUUCAGUCUUCUCAAAAGUCAAAGAAUUUACCUCUGGAGAAUCAAGGCAUUUGUAGGCCCAAUGGACUUAAGCUGAACCUUUCUGGUGCUAAGGAAUUUCCCAGUGGAUCUUCCUCUGCCAACAGUACUCCUCUCUCCUCUCCCAUCAUAGACUUUUACUUUAGUCCAGGACCUCCAAGUAACUCUCCUCUUUCUACACCUACCAAGGACUUCCCAGGUUUUCCUGGCAUCCCCAAAGCAGGGACUCAUAUGCUUUAUCCUAUCCCAGAAUCAUCCUCAAACAGUCCACUAACAACAUCAGGAGGAGGCUCUUCCUUAUUGCCUACUAAAUCAACUUGUUUAUCCCACACUUCCUUACCCAGUGAGCACACAUGUACACAUCCUGCUCCCAAAGUGGGUCUUCCAGAUGAAGUUAGCCCUCCCCAGGCCGAAAGCCUAGGGUUUCAAAGUGAUACUCCCCAGUUUCAGUAUUUUCGGGAGGACUGUGCUUUUUCAAGUCCAUUUUGGAAAGAUGAAGGCAGUGUUUCCCAGUUUGCCUUUGACCCUCCAGGAAGCAGAAAGAUGUACGCAUCAAGAGACAAAGACACGCCUGUCGAUCAAAAAAGCUUAAAUCAGUGUUCACUCAACUACAUCUGUGAGAAACUUGAACAUCUCCAAUCAGCUGAGAACCAAGACUCCUGUGGAAACUUGUCUAUGCAAUGUCUGUAUGCUGAAGACACUGCCUCUUCCUUUGUCCCCCACACACUCUUCAGGAGUCAGCCCAAACCUGGAUGGUCUUUCAUGUUGAGGAUUCCUGAGAAGAAGAACAUGAUGUCUUCCCGUCAGUGGGGACCAAUUUUUCUAAAAGUCUUACCUGGUGGAAUUUUGCAAAUGUAUUAUGAGAAGGGCUUAGAAAAACCAUUUAAGGAGUUACAGCUUGAUUUGCACUGCAGGCUUUCUGAACCCAAAGUUGAGAACUUUAGUGUGGCAGGAAAAAUCCAUACUGUGAAGAUUGAACAUGUGUCUUACACAGAAAAAAGGAAAUACCACUCUAAGACAGAAGUCGUUCAUGAACCAGACAUCGACCAGAUGCUGAAGUUAGGGUCCACAGAGUACCAUGAUUUCCUCGACUUCCUGACUACUGUGGAGGAGGAGCUGACGAAGCUGCCAGCUGUUUCGAAACCAAAAAAGAUCUAUGAGGAACAAGAAAUUUCCCUGGAAAUUGUGGACAAUUUUUGGGGUAAAAUCACAAAAGAAGAAGGAAAAUUGGUUGAAAGUGCUGUCAUAACUCAAAUCUGUUGCCUCUGCUUUGUGAAUGGGAACACGGAAUGCUUUUUAACCUUGAAUGACCUUGAGCUGCAGAAGCGAAAUGAACGCUAUUUUGAAAAAGACCCAGAACAGAAGGGGAUUGAUAUUCUUGACCAUCAUUUUCAUAAGUGUGUGAAAGCACAAGAAUUCGAGCAAUCAAGAAUCAUUAAGUUUGUCCCGCUGGAUGCCUGCCGGUUUGAGCUGAUGCGUUUUAAGACUUUGUACGGUGGGGAGGAUCUUCCCUUUACCCUCAAGUCUGUCGUGGUUGUCCAGGGGGCGUACGUGGAGCUUCAGGCCUUUGUCAACAUGACCCCAUUGACUCAGAGACCAUCCUGUGCCAGUUCCUUGAGGUCCUGUGACAACAUAAUGAUACACUUUCCUGUCCCAUCACAGUGGAUCAAGGCCCUCUGGACCAUGAACCUCCAGAGGCAGAAGUCCCUGAAAGCCAAAAUGAACCGCCGGGCAUGUCUGGGGAGUUUACACGAACCUGAAUCUGAACCUGUUAUACAGGUCACUGUGGGCUCCGCAAAAUAUGAAAGUGCCUACCGGGCCGUGGUAUGGAAGAUUGACCGGCUUCCUGAUAAAAAUUCAAGUCCUGAUCAUCCCCACUGCCUGUCUUACAAACUAGAACUUGGAUCAGACCAAGAAAUUCCCUCUGAUUGGUAUCCAUUUGCAACUGUUCAGUUCGGAAUGCUUGACACCUGUGCAUCGAAGACAGAGGUCAGGUCUCUGGGGGUAGAGAGUGAUGUCCAGCCACAGAAACAUGUUCAUCAGCGAGCUUGCUACAACAUUCAGGUCGAAAUAGAAAAGAAGAGGAUUAAAAUCGAUGGAGAAGACCCAGAUAAAGCUGGUGACUGUGUAACUCAGUAGGAGCAGCAAGAGUAAAUGACGACCCACUUUUCAAAUAUGUAAUUCACAGCAACCACACAAAGAUCUGCUUCUGUGUCGUGGAAAUGACUUCUGAAUAGAGGGCUUAGGACAGGUCCAGUGGUCAUGUGUAGAGAAGUGAAGACCUGAAACCAAACAAUCAAUAUUUUAUGCUUUUGAUAUGGUUGUGCUCCAGAGGUUUCACAUAAAAUGUGUCUAUCAUUUGUAUGAUGUUUUUGCUUCCCAUUAACACUCAGUCGCUGUUGCUCAAUGUGUUACCAGACAGCCAGCUUGGUUAAAGGGUUUUGGAUUAUUAAUUACACAGUGGCUGAAUGUUUUGCACUCUGGAUCACCUGGGUGCCAUAUUUAUCAUCUUCCAGUCCCCAUCUCUUCGUGCUCUGUUAGCACCUCUUCGGGGGGUGAGGCAGUCAAAGGAGACAUAAACCGAAAUACUCAAUCUUUCCUCUUGCUCAUCUCUGGAAUGUGGCUAGGUGUGGGAUGAUGCUGAAAUUACAGGCUAAAAGGGAGAUGUGGAAGUAUCUGUGAUUUUGAGUAAUUUAUCUUCCUGUCUUCUUACUACAUUGGUGAGUAAUCAAUGACUAUAUUUGGUACCUGUCUUUCCCCCAUGGUGUUAUCAUUUUCAAAAUGUAUUUGUAUUCUGAUGUGUGUUGCAAAGAAGCUAUUUCUGUUGAUAUACAUAUUUUAGUACAAGUCACUAAGACAAAUCGCCUUUUGGUUAGAGAGGUUCCUUUCAGAAUGGAAUGGUGUUGGACACUAGUUAAAAUAUUUAUGUAUAUUAGAGAUGAAUUUUUAAAGUUCAUGAAUAUUGUCUCCCAAAAGUUCAGACUCUAAGAAUGUAUUUUUGAUAAAGUAUUAUUUGUAAUUAACACAAGCCUCUCUUGAGUAGAAGUCUAAAUCCUAUUAUGAUUAUUUUAUGCUGGUUCUGCUAUCAUGCUAUUUAUGCUAAUUCUGCUUACUUUAGGGUAUAUUUUCUUUAAAAGAUAAAGAAAACGAAAGACACUAGAUUAUUUUACCUGUAUUUUUAAGAGGUGAUGUUUCUAUUCUUCAAAGUCAGGUAAAUGCUUGGUUUCUAAUAAAAAGUCAAUGGCUUUAGUAGUUAUAAUUCUGUUUAUAAUUUUCUUUCAGUAUUUACAGUGAAAGGUCAGACUUAAAAUUUAUGAAUUCCAUAGUCUACGUAUUUUUUAGCCUGGAGAAACAAAGUCUUCCUUGGGGUAAUAAUACACCUUCAAUUUGUAUUGAAUCUUAAAUAUGAUUAGGAGGCAUAUUUCUCAAUUUACCAAAUUUGUUUUGAGUCAAAGCUGAUGAUAUAAUAAUGUUCUUCCAAACAACAUUUAUUUGUCAGCCCACAGACUUGAUACCAUGUUUUAUUUAAUAUUGUAUUACACUCAUUUUAAUCUGUUCAAAAACAGACUAAAACCAACAUUUAUGAUGGUCUGUAUCAAUCAGCAGAUUUUAUCGCUUUUCAUUAUUUUUACUUUAAAGACAAAGGAUGCAAAAGGUAACAAAAUGAAUUGGUAUUGUUCUUUUUAACUUCACUUGAUGCAUUGCUCAUAAUGUCACGUUUGAGAUUCACUGUUGAUGCUUAGGAGGGCAAGUGUGUGUGUGUGUGUGUGUGUGUGUGUGUGUGUGUGUGUGUGUGUGUGAGAGAGAGAGAGAGAGAGAGAGAGAGAGAGAGAGAGAGAGAGACUGAAAAAAAAAUUCCACUAUCUUUCCCCAUCAUCUGGUGUGGUACAUUCUGGAGUGACUUCAGUUAUGCUGAGAUCAAAUAUGGAGGCAGGCUAGACCUGAUGCUGCUCCAUGGUUCUAAGGAAGUCAGCUGGGUUAACUUAUGCCAUUCCUUUUAAAUCUGUUUUAUGGCAUCCUGCCCAUUAAGAGCUCAGAGUCUGAUUCAGGUGAACUUAAUGAAUAUUUACACCUCCAAAUAAUUUCAGGAAAGGGUUCAAUUAAUCACCCCUCAUGUUUCACAGGUUGUCCAGUUUUGGUGAGUACCUCACUGCUUGGGUCAUUUACGACCAGCCAUCCAGCCUUCAGGAGCAUCUCAAGAUUCAGUGUUGAAAAUAUAGUAACAAAAGGCUGACUGAAGCCCAAACUGAGUUUCUGCAGCAAUGCAAAGGUUGAUAGCAUUAACAGCGGGGUGCUACAGCAUAAUUGUUAAUUUGCACAUCUAUUAGGAUCCUUAAAUAUUCAUUACUUAGCAUUAAAUUAACAUUCUGUGAAGGGAGGAGAGGUUUUUUAAUACAAUUCUUCUGACCUCGGAAAUGGCAGAAGGUCAAAUGUGACCAUGGUGCUCUAAGUGAAAAAUCAGGUAGGCUUCACUUAGACUUCCAAAUUAAGAAGUGAAAUUUCCUUUGCCAGAAAGCAAAUGAUAAUCUUCGAAACAACCACAAAAACCUCUGCUUUUAAGGUUGGGAAGGGAGGAAGGAUGUGAGUGAAGGAGGAACUACUCCUUUCUAACAAUUUAAGUAAUUUAGAUCAACCCUUUAUGGGUUUGACCGUUUCAGGGUCAGUUGCCUGGUGGACACAAUGGUGGAGUUCCAAGGAGUUGACCAGUGUGAAACUAAUUCUGCUCUCAUUGUUCUGAUCUCUAGUUGCCUUACUAGUCAAAGCAUUGUAUUAACUGUGUACACAAAUUCAUGGCUUGAUGGUUACCUGAUAAAUUGUACAGGUCUAAAUUUAAGUACAUUUCCUUAUUCUAUGGGAAUAAAAAUAGUUGAUCCGUUAGAAAUGUAUAAAAAUGCUUUCCAGCACAUAAAUAAAGGAUGGAUUUUUUUUACCUGAUUUAUAUAUUAGACAGUUUUAGGGUUUUGGUUUCCUUCAUUCAGAAACUGUAGUUGUGAUACAGCCCUUUUUCUUAUAAAUUCAGUUAGGAGGCCUUCCUUAAUAAUAACUAAGUAUUGUAUCUUACUCAAAAUAUGAUUUUUAUGUCAUAUCAAUAAAAAUAGAAAACAGAUUGAGCUUUAAUAGUCAUGUAACAAAGUAUUUUGUAGAUUGCAUAUUGAUUUUUUAAAAUUAAAGAUGUAUUUCAAAAGGUUCUUACUGUGCAAUGGACGUAUCUUUUUUUGCAAGGUCUGGGACUAUUUUUUUUCUUUUGAAGGUAAGAUAUUGAUUUCAAGGAUCUUAAACAAUUGACUCUGUCAGGCCAAUGUAUACUGCUUCAUUGGUAAGGAGUCCAGUCAACAUGGCAUUCUUGGCACAUCCUGGAAAAAUCUACAAUUUGUGAUGUUAAAGGAUGAUUUUUAAGAGGAUAUAGUCAUUACUCUCAUAAAGAAAUGAUAUAAGUAUGUGCCCAAGGUUUUAGUUAACUCAUUAGCUAAUGAGGGAACUGGUAAGAUGUUACAGCUGGUUUCAAGGACGAUUGAAAGAACAGAGACAUUUAUAGGCAAUAAAGAUUCUGAAAUCAAUUUACAAAUAGACACAAUUUACAAAUACCCCCACACAAUUUGUUUGCAUUUGUUUGGACAAAGAUUGUGCGCAUUUAUAUCAGUUUUCUAGAGUUUACAGAGUUGGGAAAUAAAGAAAACGAAAGGUGUUGGUAACCUGAAUGAAUGAGCUAAUAGGGCACCUGCUGUUGAAAGUCUUGCCCAAUUUUUCCU